CAUUCUGCCCCUGUGAAAUUGCAGCAUGCCUUGACAGAGAGCAGACGACAGGUUUUGGGCCAGCACAUGCGCUUAGCAAGGGUGAACAUAUUAUUAUGACUCAUUCAGGUGUACAGGUGGUGGGGAAAAUUCAGCCAAGGUUCGGUAAAAGUUAGCAGAAGUGCAGUUUCUGCAUCGUCAGUGCUUGGCCGUGUAGCGAUGCAUCCAAGUUCGCCUCUACGCAUGCUGAGUGUGACUGAAAACUAAGCUCGGAGCUCGGAGAGCUGUUGGGCGAUACUUGGUUCUGGAGGGCCCCUUUGCAGUACCGACUUUAGGAGCGGGUCUUCUUGAGGGAGCCAGCCAUCUGGUUCUCUGGAUUCUUAAUGUGGAGUUCCUCCCUCGAUCCUGACUGCAAGACAUCAACACCUUGUCUAAAUGUUAGGAACCAUACCAGCCAUGGAUGAUGAGCCUGUUGUUGGAUUACCGUGUGGUGCUAGGUCAGGAGAGGGCACCGUAGUGGAUGCUACCCCAGAGAGAGAUAAGAUACCCACCCUGGAACAUUCUAAGGAGCCGGGCGGUGAGAGUCAAAAGGAAAUGGGAAACGUGAUGAAUGAUGUUGAUGAUGUUUCAUCCGCUGGACCUAAUAGGGAUCGGAUUGAUACCGCAUCAAGCGGCACAAGCGAAGGAUCGUUGGGCAGUGGGUGGUGUGUCAUGUCGGAGGCAUCCGUCAAUCGGGAGAUUUUUCAAGAUCUUCAAUCUCAUGAUGAGAUAUCCCAGCUUGCCUCAUCCCUUGUCACAAGAGAUUUACUCAAGCAAGCUGAGGACCAGAUCUCCACCAAACUAGUCGAUCAAAUCUUCAGAAGUAUCCAGGAGGUCACAGAGCUGGAUCCAGAUAUUGUGAGGAGUUUUCUGUUGUCACACAGCCAACCCCAGGGUACCACAGAGAAACUUGAUGACAUCACAUUAUUAGUUGAUCUCUUCAUGGAACUUCUUCAGUGUUCCCCAUUGCCGGUAGAGCACAACCACCUGUGGCUACAACUCCUGUAUGUCCUCAUCUUAGAUGAUAACAACCUCUUGCUCUUCAUCAAGAAGAAAGUGGCUGCCACAGUCUUAGGCACCAUGGCUGUUCACAGGCCACAUGUGUCAAUUCAAGAGAUCGGCUGCUCCAUUCUUAAUCCAUUGGCACACUUUAAUCAGAUUCCUGGAUUAAAGACUGUGCCUAUCCGUGAGAGUGGAAUACAGGUCAUCCUUCAGUCCAUGGAGAAGCAUAGAAAAAGUGAAAACCUGAUGAUCAAAGCCCUACAAGUUCUUGCCAAUGUGGCAUGCACAAUGUCAAGCUACAGUAGCUGGGCUAUACAUCAAGAGUUCACUGAGGAGCAAUUGGAUCGACAGAUGUUGUCUGCCAGUGAUACCUUGGACUACAUCAAGACAGAGGCUGUUCCAUUCAUACAGAUGGUCAUGGAGGAUUUUAUUAAGAAUGAUGAGAUCCAGAUAGAAGGGAAAAGAAUCGUUGCUUGCUUUGGAUACCACUCCCCUAGAAGUAUUUUGGGCACUCCUAAGAAGACACAUUCCAUGCCAAGGCCGAGGAAAGCUAAGGCAGAUGUAGGCCCUUCCAAGGAAUACAUGCAAGCACGAAGAGUCACAUUUUCCAAUGUAUUGGAUGUGAAUGCCAUCGAGAUCGUAGAGCUAGAGGACGACGGAAGCCAGGCGAAUCGCAGAAGACACUCUUUUUGCGUAGGAGAUAUCAAGAAGGUCCAACAAAGACUAGAAGACGACGAGAUGGGUAAGGCUGUCUCCAGAGCUGUGGACGAUUCCAACAUCAAGUACCAGUGUCCAACCCCAUCUGCUCCCUACGAGGACAACGAUGUGGAGUCGGGUCAAUGGAAAGUGCCGAUGAUCAAUGUUAAUGAGUGGAGAACUGUCGAAGAAGACGACCAUGGUUACGAAAGAGUUAUCAAUAUUGAUCAUGAUACUGAUGGAGUUGAGGCAGUCAUUCCUCCCAAACCUGAGAGGGGAAAUUUGGAAGAAGAUACCGAUGAAGAUGAUGAUGAUGAUGAAGACACCGAUGCUUAUGAGAAAGUGGAGACUGUAGAUGAACAAAAGCAAAAGGAUGCCAAUGAGAAUGACUAUACAGAAUUAGAAGCCCUGAUGGCUCAACUUGCAGAGAUAGCUGGGCAUGAGAAUGCUGCUGAUUUAAAAGCAUUAGAAGCCAAGGAUUAUGAUAUGGUUUUUGAUGGGGCCGAAGAGUCUGAUGUAGAUGGCUACGAGGUGCCUAUGACUGAGGAGGAGGUUUUAAAAAGCCGAAGCAGUAGCAUGGAGUAUCUUGUGGAUUCCAUGGAGGAGGACGAUUUUGGGGUUUCUCUUGCAAUUUUGUUUGGUGAAUUAGGGGAGGAUGAUGAUGGGUAUGAAAAAAUUGAAAUUGGAGCUCAGGAGGCUUGUCCAUCAAUUGCUGAAGUAGAUAUUGAAGAUGAGAGUGUAGAAAAUAAAGUGGAAGCAACAGAACAAAGGAUUUCUAAAGAAGAUGAGGAGGAAACCAUGGAUGAUGAUAUCAGCCGUUUCUCUGAAUAUUCAGAGAUAGACAUUGUUGAAGCUCUGGUAAAGUCUGGGCUUAUGAACGCUCACAAAGACAAAAGCAAUUCUGGUCAAAUGUCUUCCAGCGUUGAUUCAAAUGAAAGUAGAAUGUCUCAAACUGUAAAAUGUGAAGUUGAGAUGCCUCAUACAAACUCAGGUGAAACUAAGGAGCUGGCUUCCAUGGAGAGUUGUGAGGAAUCUGUCUUUAGUGAUGAAUCAACAUGUAUGCUUAGGACAGAAGAUGAUAUCAAAGUAGACAUGGAACAAAAUGGAAAUAAUAAAGAAAGUUGUGAGAUGGAGACCAGUGAAUCAGACAUUAGCAAUGCUGAUGAUACUGUUAAUAAUGUCAAUGAGAAUGAAGAGGUUCAACCAAAGGAAAAGAAGGAUGAUGGUGAUGGAAAGAGUGGAGUCACCACCCGGUCUUUCAAAAAGUCCAUGAACAGCACGUAUCAAUCUAUAACGGCAAACCUGCUUCGUAAGAAACGGUCUGCUAAUGAGAAGCGUCAAGGAAGUGUUUUUGGUGAGGAUAUGAGAAUUGAGAAUGUGAACUUUCGUGGUGACUCUUUGGAUUCUGAUGAUGGCUACCAGGACAGUGGGGACUUCAAGGAAACCACUUGCAGUGAUGUCAACAACUCUUUUGGGUUUCCAGCACCAGCAGCUGAAGAUGGACAGUCUGUGGAUUUGGAGUAUGCCAGUGACUCUAGCACAGGUCAGAAUGGUCUCUGUGACGACCCAGUCUAUGACAAUGUUUGCAUGGAUGAUGAUGACAAUCUGGAUAGGAAUGUAUUCAAUAGUAGUCCAGUCAGUUCAGUCAGUGCCACAUUUACAGAGGGUAGUGAAGAUGCUGUUCAAGAGGACAAACAGGAAACAAAAUCAAUGGGUUCCCUCGAGAACAUCUGUAGUCUUGGCGAACUCAGAGUGCGAAAUGUCAUCUCUAAAAGCAUACACUGCCUCCCUAGCGGGGACAGGCAACUGAUGAAAGAAGCAGAGGAAGGUUUAGACACACCACCCAAGCCGCGCAGAACGUGGUACUACCGUUCAAGUGCAGAUGUCCGCAAGAGCCUUAUCCGUAGCUUUGGCUUGGAUGCAGAUGGAAUAAUGCGCAACCCUACCUAUGCACAGGUUUCCAAACCGAACACUCGUGUCAUUCAUGGGAGUCUUCCUGGACGUUCCAAUCAUGGUUCUGGUCACAGGGCAAUGAAGCGUAUCCCUUUGACUCUAAGCAGACAUAGUAAGAUGAUCUACAAGGAGAGGUUUUCUUCGAAGUCCUCUAAGCUUGGGAGGAACACCUCCCAUGAUUCGGGAGUCUUGACUGGAGAUGAAGAUUCCAGAUCAACCAUCAGGGAUAAUGAGAUCUACAGCCAGUCACAUCUCUAUGAGGAGGUUGCUACGGUAACCAGAGACGGGGAUCGGUCUGGAGCGAAAUCAGAAGUCAGGAAGACUCUCACUAUGGAUGAAGAUACUACUGAGAAGGUUGAAAAGCCCAAACUUGCUAGUAAACCCUUUUCUGAGACUACCUAUGAGGUUUGUACGCAUUGGGUGAAUGACCAGACGUCUGAGGCCAUUGGUAUCUUUGACCGCUUGACCAAGAAGCUUGUCUCCCCGUACUCCAUCAUUCCGAUGGUGAGGGAGGUUGAAGGAAUCCGAAGGAAGAGCCUUGGUAAUGCCAUCGAGCAGGAGGAGGAAAACAUUGACUUCCCAGCCUGGACUAGUAUUCUCAAUGUCCUGGCAGCAGAUGAGGAUAAAUGGAGCCUGAUAUUAGCAGCUCAAGUGUUACCUGUGAUUGACAGGCUAUUCUACACUAAAGACGAAGCCAUCAUGGAUGCUGCCAUUGAGCUUGUUCAUGUCCUGCUCAAGAAGUUUGGCAAAGAUAUUGAAAAGAAUCACCAUGGAGGUCUGUUCCGCUCCAAGUACCGGGAUGACUGCCGGACGUGCUACCACUGGUUGGGCAAGCUGCACACCAGGGUCACUGACCUGGUGCGUAAGGAGACCGAAGCAGAGGAGAUUGACCUGGAUGACAUGCUGCAUGCCUCCCUGCUUUGCUCAUUGAGUGAAGCCCUCAAGCCUUUCACCGCCAAGUCCUACUCGGUCAAGGAAAGUAGCAAGUGAACAUGGUGAGGAUUGGAUCAAAGACAAUAAGAAACCUUGAUCAAGGAAUGAAUCUUAGAAAGUGGAAUGGAGAGAGACAAGCUUAGAAGAUACCACGUUGAGACUUUCACUUCUAAUUUCUACUCAGUCAAGAAAAGUAGCAUGUGAACAUGGUUA